AUGGAGGAUCCUAGGAUCCUGCAUAGGAUUAUUCGUCAACUGGCGAGCUGGGCGGUACACUCAUUCUUUGCUGAUGUCUUGAUCAUUGGCGGCGACAAUGUACCACGCGAAGGUCCCCUCAUCGCGACAGCGACUCACCACAACAUGAUGCUUGACCCUGCAGUUCUAUCAUCGACGUUUCCGCACCAACGUAUUCUACACUACUGGAGCAAGUCAACCUUGUUCGUUAAUCCCGUCGUUCGGUACAUCCUUGUCAGCACUUGCAACAUUCCCGUCGACCGCAAAGCGAAGGACCGGAGACAGCUAUUGAAGGGAACCCUCGACGCGCUAGCGAAGGGCGCCUCUGUAGGACUCUUUCCGGAAGGCACCAGCUAUACGGAACCGCGCAUUAUGCAGAUCAAAGAUGGCGCCUCAUACGCCGCACUUGAAUACGCGAAAUGGGCGAAGGAGAAUCCGGACAAGGCCAGCAAGUUACCCAUCGUAGUCGUACCUUCUGCCAUCGUUUACACGAACAAGUCGAAGUACCGUAGUUCCGUCAUCGUGCACUAUGGCGACCCCAUCUCGAUGGACCCUUACAUGGAACAAUUCCUCUCGCCGGAAGAAGGACAAGCCCGUCUGGCCGCCAAGAGGCUGACGCAGAAGAUCGAGGCUGAACUCGUCGAGAAGACGCUGAAUGCUCCAGACUGGGAUACUCUAUAUGCGGCGCGCAUGGCGCGCGACCUCCUUUGGCCGGACGAGUCGAGCUUGGCUCUCGAGAACUACGUUCCCGUGUCACAAACCUUGGUCGACUUGUUCGCGACUCCGGACGUGACCACCGACUUCAAGCAUGUCAAGCGCGCUCUUCUCGAGUACUAUGCGCUUCUGCAGUCUACACAUCUCACCAACGCUGUUUUGGCGUCGCUACCCCUUCCCAGCACCCUCGAUCCGAGCCGCCCAGUUCCUCUGCCCGGUCGCCUCAAAACACUACUCGUUCUGAUUCGCGACACCAUUACCAGCCUCGCUCUACUCCCAUUCUUCGUGCUACCUCUCUUCAUACACGCUCCGGCAUACGUCAUGGGUCGCUUGGGAGCCCGCUUGGUCGAGGAUGAGGAAGAGACGCAGGCACAGAACAAAGUCAUCUUCGGCUUGCUCUGCGUUCUACUGGCCUAUCCCACCGCUUUCGUCCUUCUCUGGGCUUUCCUCUAUUACUCUCCCAUUGGUGCCAUGAUCUCACUGGGCCUUGUAUCCUUACUAGCCUACUACCAUACCAUACUCGUGAAGGACGUGUACAUGCGCAUGAGGCGUAUCCAGGCCACUUGGCGCGUCAGCAUCUGGGCCCCGAAGCGCUGGGAAUACUCUAUCACCGCACAACAACAGUACACCACCACCCCCAAGCCUCCACCCAACCCAUGGGUCAACAAGGGCACCUCGACGCCAACCGAAGCACCGAAGGUCGCAGUAUCGCCGAGUACGAUGCAUAGCGGCGUGCCCCACGAGCCGCCGGUUCAAUCACGCCGUAGGCGCCCGCGCUCCGGGCGUGUAAUGCGCCACGUUCUGCGCACACGGGUGGAGGCCGCAUCCGCUCUCGCAGCUUUCUUCGGUACACUCGAGCGCUCCCUGGCCGUGCGUGUGCGCGCAUCUGCACAUCUAGCCCGUGCGUACGGUGGCACCGUAGACGACGCGCCUAUCGAAGACUCGCCCGAUGCUGUCGUACCGACGCCUGGUCCGACGGGAUGA